GGCUUACAGUAUUAAAUUAGUACAAUUUUAUCGUCAACAAUAUUAACAUUAGUCGGGAUAUAAUUUUAAAUCUAAUAUUUUUCAUAAAGCUGUGUAGCUAAUGUUCAAAAUUCACCCUUGUGGUUUGUUUUUACGAAACAAAUUGUUACAAUUAAAUUUUUCGUACAUUUUCACUAAAAACUACACAUCUACAAUAUUUGCCCUGUCAUCAGGUAAAGGAAAAUGUGGCGUUGCUGUUAUAAGGAUUUCCGGUCCUGCCUCAAAUUUAGUGAUGGGAAAAAUGGCUGGACUGAAAAAGUUACCUGAACCAAGAAAAGCUUUGCUUAGGCAAAUUAGACAUCCAGAAAAACAUGAACUUUUAGAUAGAGGCUUGGUACUUUGGUUUCCAGGUCCAAACAGUUUCACGGGGGAGGAUAGCUGUGAACUUCAGAUUCAUGGUGGAGUAGCUGUCAUAUCAGCUGUUUUAGAUGCUUUGGCUGCCAUACCUGGGCUACGUCCUGCUGAACCAGGGGAAUUCACGAAACGGGCAUUCUACUCAAAUAAAAUGGAUCUCACUGAGGCUGAAGGGUUGGCUGACUUGAUUCACGCGGAGACGGAAGCUCAGCGGAAACAAGCUCUGCUGCAAGUUGAAGGAUCACUGUACCAGCGCUAUAGUGAGUGGCGAGACAACCUGAAGAGGUGCAUCGCUCAUGUGGAAGCUUAUAUAGACUUCAGCGAAGACCAAAACAUUGAAGAUGAUAUACUACAAACAACCAAUAGUGAACUAAAAUUACUCACGCUGAAAAUACAGGCGCACUUGCAAGAUGGCAGACGAGGAGAGAGAACAAGAGAUGGAGUCAAAACCGUCAUUGUUGGGGCCCCCAAUGUCGGCAAGAGUAGUCUACUCAAUGCCUUGUGUGAACGGCCAGCAGCCAUUGUGAGUGCUACGCCAGGGACCACUAGAGAUGUUGUGUCUUCUGUGUUGGACAUCGCAGGGUAUCCAGUCUUGAUCAGUGAUACAGCUGGUCUUAGAGACAACACAGACGACGUGAUAGAGAGAGAAGGAAUCGCCCGAGCCCACCAAGAACUUGGCACAGCAGAUUUGAUGCUACUAGUCAUUGACGCAACUUUUUACCAGAACUGGAGCGAUAAAAACCAGGAGCAAAACUUUUUAGACUUUCUGAAGAUUUACAUCAACACAUUAAAACUGGAAGAAGCAGUUUUGUCAUGUGGAAAUGUCCAAAAAUUGUUUGGUGAUAAAUCACAUAAGGUUACAGAUAAUGUCUGUUUGAUAGUUUUCAACAAACUUGAUCUGAUUGAAUAUAAGUCGCUGUUUUAUAAGGUGUGCCGGGAAUACCCGGAAUGUGUUACUGCAGUUUCAUGUAAAGACAACGGACUGCUUGGACCUCUUAUAGAGAAAUUAACUACCAGCUUAGAAAAAUUGUGUGGCAACCCGACAAGAGAGAACGCCUGUUUGAGCCAGUCCCGCCACCGUUACCACUUAACAGCAUGUGUAGCAGCCCUCGACAGAUACCUGGCCAUGUGUGGAAGUGAGAGAGAGAUAGAUCAAGCUGCAGGUCAACUUAGAGUAGCUAUGAAUGCUAUUGGACACAUCACUGGACACGUGUCUACGGAACAGAUACUCGAUGUAAUAUUCAAAGACUUUUGCAUCGGUAAAUAAAUCAGUGUAUUCAUGU